UUCGAGCUAUACAUAUAAAAUAACUUUAUUCUAGAGAAGACGAAAAAAUAAUUCAAACAUGGACAAAUCAGAGGUUUCGAUUCCUGCGGCACGGAAACUGAAAACUCCGACGGACUCCUGAACGCAGCAUCAGUUUCUACUCCGAAGACAGUUUGACAGAAAUGAAACUGAAAGAACUCCUUCAGGGACCGUUAACAAAGGGGGAACUUAAUCAAUACCGAAACACGUUCAUUAAGCCACGAUGUUUGAACCAAAAGUGUGUCAAAGAUUAUUUAAAUGCUGAGUCACUUUUACUGAAUCCACAGUUUGUUCAGAAACAGUUUGUGUCGGAACUAAACUGCAAACUUCAGAUGGAGCAGACGAACUUAUGGACGCUCCCUGGGAGCCACAUCCGGGACAUUAGGGCAGAUUUAAUAAAGGCUUCCUCGAUGUUUCUGACACAUUGCUCGAGACGGCCUGAAACUGAGAAGGCACACGGAGGACCUGUGAUUUGUAUCUCCAGAGACAGAUAACGAGGGACCAGUGACUCCCCCGAGGAAAGGAGUCCUCCACAGAUGGAGGAGGGUGGAGGAAACACCCACGGCUCCGCUGGAUCCAACACGUUGGAGGACGUUGUGACCAAAAAACGCCGGAAAAGAAAUAAGGAACGAGGAGCAGGCGGCUCCAGCAGAGGGGACCAAGACAAGGACAAGAAGAAGAAGAAGAAGGGACGUCAAAGGAGGAGAACGAGCGCACCGAGCGUUAGGGAGGAUGCAGAGUGGAAGGGCGAAGGAGAGGUGGAGGUGGCGGAGGCCUCAGGAAGCCAGACGGAGGAGCGCGGCGCCGUAGAAGCUCAGCAUGUGGGUGAAGACGGCGUGCAGGACGUGAGAGAGCGACGCCACCCGGACGCCAACAUGGUGCCAGCUCAGACCCAAACACGGAGACACAAAGGGGCCAACAAAGACACGCAAACUCCACCCGUCUCCCUGAGGAGCCAGGGGACGCAGACCGAGUCCUCCGGGCCAGAGGUGGACCUCCACAAGACCAAGAGGAGUGAGGAGACACCUGGGGCCAGAGGGGAGGAAGUCGCUCCGACGCCGUUACAGCAGAGCGACCCGGCGGCGUCUUCGGGUCCGUCCGAGGAUCGGACCCCAGAGAGGGAGGCCGGGGCCGAGGAGGAGCGCCCCGGUGCUGGAGCCCCGGGCGGAGCCGGAGAAGUGAAGUCCUACGCCAAAGCCGUGUCUGGAGAGGGAGGACGUGAGGCCUCCAGGGCGCCGGACAAAGACACCGGACCGGCUCCACGCACACGCGACCGGAGCCCAGUGAGAGCUCCGCCUUCGGCUCCGACCUUCACCUUCCACAUCCACGCCGUGCUGGACAAGAAGUUCAGCUUCAACCACGAGCGUGAUGACUUCCUGCUGUGUUACGACGGAGGGUCUUCACCCCUGAAGACGGCGCAGUCCGUGGGACUAAAGCAGGGACAUCUGGUAGAAGCAAGUCUUUCCAUUGAAGAAAAGGACCUGAAGAGAGGAGACUGGUGGAGUUAUUGGUACGGAGUAAAGAAACGGCAGAAAGAGUUCAAAGGAAUCACCACGAGACACUUUCAGAUUCCAUGGGACCACAGCGUUAACGAGGUGCACCUCUACGAAGGCUUCAUCGCUCGGGACGACGCAGGAAUUUGGAGAAGCGGCCUGAACUGGUUGUUCCAGAAAUCCAAAGCGGCGGAGGUGUUGGACGGCUGGCAGGCCUCAGCGAGGUCUCUGCUGGAUCGGAUCUUCCAGACGUGGACCCCGUCAGACCAACAGAGCACCCUCAGCUUGUGUGACAGCCUGAAGCACUUUGCGCGGGGUCUCGGCUCUGCACACACGAGGAUGACAUUCCCAGACGGCUCACGUCCUCCUGUGGUCCUGACCUCGGAGCUGAUCGCGGAGGCUUUGGUUCGGAUGCUUAAAGGCGAGCCGAAGGAGAAGCUCCCUGAAGGCUGGAGGAGCAGCGGCCCUCUGGCUCAGGGUCUGUCCGUCUUCAUGGUCACCUCGAAGGUCUCCCUCAACCUCGGGCCGAGGGGCUGGACUGAGCUGGUCCUCCGGGUGUCCUCAGAGGACGCCAUGGACCGCACCAACCUGGACUGGAUGGCCAGUGCUUUAAAAGCACCAUCACACCUCGUGUUAGGUCUGAUGAACCGCUGUGUGGAGCAGCAGGUCUCGGAGCUCGUCCUGCUCGUCCCUCUGCUCUUCAGGCUCAGGCAGCCGGGAGCCGACUCAGCGAGACUGGGUCCCGCUCUGAGGGAGGAGGACUGGUCCGGACUCAAAGGGGUUCAUUUCUGCAAGUUCAGGGAGAAAAUAAAGUCCAGCCCGGACAAGAGAAAGAAAGUGCUCAGUUUGAUCCAGACGCGCUCGCCUUCGGCCAAGCAGACGCCUCUGCUCCUGAUGGGCUGGUCCUCUCUAGUCCCGUUUGAGGACCUCCCCGAACUCUCAGACCUGACGGGAAUACCUGCCGAACAGCUGAUCCAGAGUCUGCUGUUCAGACUGCGAGAAGGUGGCAACGGCAACAGAGUCGAGGAGACUGCAAAGCACACUCAGAGAAGCCUGAGCCACGUCCUGCUGAAGCUGGACAAGGAGAAGGACAGAAUGACGCAGGGAGCGAACAUCGAGCCGGCCCUCCUGAGCAGCGUCGCCCUGUUGAAGAGCACGUGUGAUGUCGUGCCGUUGGUCCAGUGCUACCAGGCUGCGGUCCUCUCCUACCAGCUGGUGGUGAAGCUGGCAGAGAUGUUGGAAGCCAAGCUGAGGACGGAGUCCUCAGACGGUGACUUCGGGGCCAUAAGGCAGAAGCUCCUGGAGCAGCUGGAGCCGGUGCAGCAGCGGGUCACAGAGUGGAGGAGCGAGCUGCUGCAGAAACCUCUUGUGGGGCCCUCAAAAUCCCUCAGCUAUCCAAAGGAAAUAGAGAUGUGGGACGCGCUGCUGAAGGUCGACUGCUCCCUGGAAGAAGUUUCCUCCAGUUGGAGGUCAAGUCUGACGAGAGACCUGAAGAGGAGGAUCUCCCAGGCAGGAGAUGAGGACAAAGUGCUGGUCUGCUGCCUUCCGGCGUCCUCGGCAGCCAUCUCUAAGAGCGGCGAUGCUGUGCAGACGUGUUUCGACGAGCUGUGUCAGUCUGCUAUCAAGACAAUCUGCCAGAGAGAGCAGGAGGGCGACCUGAUGAGGAGCCUCACCUCCAAGGUGGAGGACCCCCCUGGUGCUGUCGUCUCUGCCGUUGUGGUCCAAUCAGCGUCUCGAUUCAGAGACCCGGUGGUCCAGCUGCUCCAUCGACAGUCCGCCGUCAACCACCUGCUGUCUCACGGCGACUGGACGGGGGCGCAGCUGCAUGGCGCCGCUGUGCAGGUCGUCCACGGCUGUGCGUCUGCGCUGGAGCGUCUGGUGGAGUCUCUGCUGCAGGGAGACGUGGCCCUGGGACACCUGGAGACCUGCCUGAAGCACAAGAAGGCGUUCAAGAAGCUUCAUCAGCAGUAUAAGAAGAACUCCCGGCGGGAGGCGGUUCCCGUGGAUGUGGACGAGGUUCUGGCUCAGAGAGAGAAGGAUUUGGCCUCUUUCAUGCAGCGGAAACAGCAGAUGAAGACACUGAUAAAGAUGACAGCAAAGGUUACAGAGAGCAUCACAGUCCCUGAGAUGUCUCCUCUGGAGAAGCAGGACAGUGAAGACCUGCAGCCGGUCAGCCUGAACAAGCUGCUGCGGGUUCAGCCCUUGGAUGCUGAGGGGCGGCUGGAGAAGACGGGCCCCUCCCAGGUCCUGUGGUACAAAACCAGCAUGGACGUCCUGAAAAUGUCCUGUGAGAUGCACAAGCUGCAUCACAGCAACCUGGUUCUGUCCCGCUGGGUCGGGGGGGCGGCGGCUUUGGCCUCGACGAGGCCGACCGGCUCCUCCCCUCUCACAGUCACCCUGAACCAGAUCUAUGAGAUCAUCUGGAAGCCGCUGAUGACGGAGUUCUGCCAGCUGGCCGCCGCCCUCGCCGACGCUAGCGUCACCUUCAGGCAGCUGGACCGGGUCCUGGCUGAGGGGGACGGGGAGCUCCUGGAGGGGGAGCUGCGUCUGAUGUCCGAGGCGCUGGUUGAGUCGGGGCGGCCCAAACCCGAGGACGGCUGGGUGCAGACCAGACUGGCUCAGAUCCAGGAGUACCAACAGCUGCACCAGGCGGCGGCCGCCGCCAGCGCCGUGCGGGCGAUAGCCGACAGGAUGGCGCUCUCAGGGGACUUCACGGAGAUCGACGCCCUCGGCGAGCUGGAAGAGGACACCUUCAAGGAGAGGACCCUGGGGUCGCUCGGCGCCGACUUGCAUCGGGCCAAACGCCGACUCUCCGCCGUCACCGAGCAGCACACCGCCUGCCUGGAGGAGUACCUGAAGAGCCAAAGUCUGGUCAGCUGGGUCACGGAGAACCUUAAAGAUAUGAGCGACGUGAAGGUGUACGUGGAGUUGGCUUCUAUCUCCGCCGGAGAGAACGACGCGGAGAUCGACCAGGUGGCCUGCUUCCACGACGCGGUGAUGGGCUACGGCCCGCUGCUCUACGGCCUCCGCCCGCACGCCGGCCUUGAGGAGUUCAUGAGGUGUGCUCACCAGGUGUGGGACGCCCGGACCAGAGACGAGAAGCUGCCGGACAAAUUGAAAGAGUCCACUCGCCUGCUGAGCUGGCUGAAGGCGCUGAAGGAGACCCACGGCUCGGUGGAGCAGUCCUCCCUCUCCCUGGCCUCCUCCAUCAAUGCUCACGGAGUCUAUCACGUGGGAUGGUCUGCUCACAGCACGCAGAAGAGGUGUCUCCAGAACAUGGUGGCGGUCACGGUGACGAGGGGCUCGGAGGAGAAGCGCUACCAGCUGGAGGAGCUGCUGGAGCUGCAGAACAAACUCAUGCUGAUGUCGUCCAGAGGGGAGCACGGCAGAGAGCAGGUCAACAGGUUCACAGAGGUCUUCGAAGGAGUCCAGCGACUGGGCGCCAUCCUUCUGCAGAUGCAAACGUCCGGCAACAUGCUCUUCAGGGAUUGGCGUGCUGAGGUGCGGUGCUGCCCGCAGCAGCAGCCGUGCAUCACAGCGACCUUCCUGUCGCUGCAGGGUAGGGAGACGGCCUACGUCGGCCCGGUGACGGAGCGGCUGCAGGCGCUUGCUCACUCCAUGGACGCCUGCCAGAAGGAAUGGAGCACCUUCAUCAGUGAGAUGCGCUCCAACUUCAACUUGCUGAACCACUACACGUCGGAGCAGAUGGUGUACCUGUGCCACUGGAUUCACAAAGUGUGUCACUGGGAGGUGCCAGUUCCUCCACAGUUAUGGCUUUUGCUUUUUCCCAUAAAGCCUCAGUGCACCUUAACUGACGUCAGAGUCGCUCACGCCAGGGCAGCAAGUCGGACCUCAGAGCCCGAGUCUGACGACGAAGAUGAGAAUGUGUCCGUUCCUUGUAUGGACUUAACGCCGGCUGCACAUGGAGACAAUGAAGAGGACGAAGGUGACAGUGUAACUGAAGGUGACGAGGAUGCCGCAGAGGGGUCACUACUCCAUGUGGACAGUCUGGAAGAGAUGUGGCGUAAGUUCAGGGACGACAUGCCGCAGUACCUCAAUGAGUACCUGGACAUCUCAUCUCUGGCCCACUUCCUGUCCUCCCUCUCUGAAAUGAACCAGGAGCUCGUGAUCAGGAACUUUCCUCCUAUCCUCCAGGAGGGAAGGCCCAACCUGUUUUUUUGUCCCCAUGCAGAGGUUUUCACCUCCGUCCUCUCUUUUUACAUGCAAAGCCCAGAGCAGCCUCUGCCAUCUAUUGACGAGGUUCUGGUCUGCAGAGAGGAAACUACAGAGGAGGAGGUUCAGAUUUUUCUCCGCCGUGCUCUUGGCAAGGGCGCUGGGAGAAGCUGGAAGAAGAUUUACUCUCUGGUGAACCCGGGGCUGCUGGGUUACGAUGUCAGCGUGGCCCUCGGGGAGCUCUUCGAGUGUCUGGAGAGGAGCGGCAACCCGCAUUAUCGCUUGAUCAUAGUCAGUCCGGUUGAGCACCAGCACAGAUACGUGCCCUCUUACUUUAGCAAUGACAAAGUACAGGCUGGAGUGAGUCUGACAGCAGAGGCUGCUCGGAGGUAUCUACACGGCCACUUCACACAAAACGCGUCCCCGCGAAGCCCCGCCGCGCAGGUUUCUCCAGAUCAGCUCUCAGUCUGGACGGUGUCAUCUGUACGCCCAGCUGUUGGGAAAUCCCUUUACGUGCAGCGUUUGUUUGAGACGUUCCAGCGUAAAUCUCCCAGAGCAAAUCACAUCAAGAUCCGACUGAUUGAGCCAUGGGUCGAUGUCGACUCUUUGAUUAGGAGUCUGUCGGAGAAACUGGCCCCUGUGAGAGAGCAGGACCCGGUUCUCCUGCACAUCGACACCGCUGCAGUUCGUUCUGGUCUGGAGGAGCUCCUGUUCCAUCUGUUAGUCCUGGGCUGUUUGAGUGACAGCCAUGGCAUGCUGUGGAGAAGGAAUGUGGCCCAUUUGAUCACCGUUGAAGUGCUGAGAACAAACAGAUCCUCUCAGAACCAACCAAAAGAGAUGAAGCUUGGACUUCUUGACAUUCUGCCUACCAUCCACUGUAGACCUCCAAAGGAGGUGAAUGAGUUGUUGGCCAGUAGACGUGUGCAGAACACCUUUGAUCCACUCAUGGAUGAGCAGGAGUUCUGCAGUGAGGGGGUUCAACGACCUUAUCAAUUCUUAAAAGUCUACAGCAACAACCAGAAUCUGGAUCGUUUCAAGUACAAGGAGGGAUCCAGAUUUGGGGACACCAUUGACUGUGUCAAUCAAUUUCUGAAAUACUGUGGGAUGCAAGAUCCGUCUUGGGCCGAGCUGAAGAACUUCUCCUGGUUCCUCAACGUGCAACUCAAAGACUGUGAGAACUCCGUUUUCUGUGAUCCAGAUUUUCUGGCAGAUCAGCUCCCCGGUUUCAAGGGCUUCAUCGUGAAGUUCAUGAUUCUAAUGUCAAGAGAUUUUGCCUCGCCAUCUCUGAAUACAUCUGAUGAAAGUCCCAAGCUGCUCGUGGAGGAUGACCUUCUCGCCCGCCUCACUAUUCGUAAGCAUUGGGAAAAUGAGUCUCACCCGUACAUUUUCUUUAACGCAGACCGAUUCUCAAUGUCUUUCCUCGGCUUCCAUGUGAUACGUCAGAGGGAAAACAGCCUCAAUGCAGUUGAUCCUCAAAGCCACAAGGUCCUGAUACAAAACGUGAUGUCAGAAAAACUUUUUCAGGAUCUGGAACGGCAAAGGAUUUCUCUCACCGAGGACUUUGAGGAGUUGCCACGUGCGGACAAAAUCAAAAGGAUUUCCUGCGUUGUCGGUGCAACGAAAGGAAUAACGGACAGGAACUUUGAUCCGGACCCAACGUAUGAGCUCACUGCUGACAAUGUGAUGAAGAUGUUGGCCAUACACAUGAGAUUCCGAUGUGGAAUUCCAGUUGUCAUCAUGGGAGAGACUGGCUGUGGGAAAACCAGAUUAGUCCGUUUCCUGUGUGCUCUGCAGAGGGAGGAAAAAGCAGUGGAGAACAUGGUACUGGUCAAGGUACAUGGGGGAACCACAGCAGAGAUGAUCUACAGGAAGGUGAGGGAGGCCGAGAGACUUGCCGGAAUCAACCGAAGAAUGCACGAGCUGGACACCAUUUUGUUCUUCGACGAAGCUAACACCACAGAGGCCAUUUUUGCCAUCAAGGAAAUCCUCUGUGACCAAUCGAUGAAAGGGGAACCUCUGAAGGCAGACAGCAGCUUGAAGAUAAUCGCUGCUUGCAACCCUUACAGGAAGCACUCGCCUGAAAUGGUGAAGCGUUUGGAACGCGCCGGUUUGGGAUACAGGGUGAGGGCAGACGAAACAGAAGACCGCCUCGGCAAAGUCCCUCUGCGACAGCUGGUCUACAGAGUUCAUCCUUUGCCUGCCAGCAUGGUUUCUUUGGUCUGGGACUUUGGUCAGCUGAGUGAUUCAACCGAACUUUCCUACAUCAAACAGAUUGUCCAGAAGCAAGUUGCCAACCACCGUCUGCCGGGAGACUGCAAGGACAUCAUUUCAAAUGUGCUGGCGGCCUCCCAGAAAUACAUGAGAAGUCGGAAGAAUGAGUGCAGUUUUGUGAGUCUCAGAGACGUGGAGAGGUCUAUGAAAGUGCUGGUUUGGUUUUACCAGCAUAGCGAGGUCAUUUUUAACCACUGCUCAACUCUCACUGAGGGUCAAAAAACCCUCAAGUGCUUGAUUCUUUCAGUUGGAGUCUGCUACUACCCGUCUCUGGUGGACAAAGAGCAGUACCUCUCUGUCAUAGGUCAGUACUUUCCAGAACCUCUCUGCUGUUCAACCACUUUGCAGGAAGAGAUUUCUUCCUGUCAGGACUUCUUUCUUGAGAACAUACAGACAAGGGAGACCAUUGCCAAGAAUGUUGCACUUAAAGAGAAUGUCUUUCUCAUGGUGGUUUGCAUUGAGCUCAGGAUCCCACUCUUUCUUGUUGGCAAGCCUGGAAGCUCAAAGUCCCUUGCUAAAACAGUGGUGUCUGAUGCCAUGCAGGGCCAGAACUCCCACUGUGAACUAUUCAAGAAGCUCAAGCAAGUUCACAUGGUCUCCUUCCAGUGCAGUCCUCACUCAAGUCCCGAAGGCAUCAUUGGGACAUUCAGGAACUGCGCCCGUUUCCAGAAGGACAAAAACAUGGACGAGUAUGUGUCCGUGGUGGUGCUCGAUGAGAUAGGACUCGCAGAAGAUUCUCCUCAGAUGCCCUUGAAGACCCUUCACCCUCUCUUGGAGGAUGGUUGCAUUGACAAUGACAGGCCGGAUCCACACAUGAAGGUUGGCUUUGUUGGCAUCUCCAACUGGGCUCUCGACCCGGCAAAGAUGAACAGAGGAAUAUUUGUGUCGAGAUGGGAUCCGAGUGAGGAUGAACUUGUGGAAACUGCAAAGGGAAUUUGUUCAUGCUCAAAUCAAAUUCUGCUGAAAAUCAAACACCUGUUCCCAUCUUUGGCCAAGGCCUUCUUGAGCAUCUGUAGUGAGACGACAAAGAAUCAGUUCUUUGGCCUGAGGGAUUAUUAUAGCCUCGUCAAAAUGCUCUUUGCCGUGGUCAAAUCAACGAAACAAGAGCCAGAUGGUGGACACUUGGUAGAGGCCAUCUUGCGUAACUUCAGUGGACAACCAGAGGGUUUUGACCCGGUUACGUUUUUCCAAGAGGUCAUCCAAAACUUAACAGAAUUUCAAAGACCAAGCACCUUACAAAUGGUGAGAAAGAAUCUUGACCAUGACACCAGCCAGCUCAGCCGUUACCUCCUUUUGCUGACCACCAACAAUGCAGCUCUCCAUAUCCUUCAGCAACAAAUCUUUGCCAAAGGAGGGUUUCCUCCUCCUGAAAUCGUCUUUGGCUCGGGAUUCCCAAAGGACCAAGAGUACGCCCAAAUCUGCCGUAACAUAAACCGGGUGAAAACGUGCAUGGAGACCGGGCGCACCGUCAUCCUCCUCAACAUGCAAAAUCUGUACGAAAGCUUGUACGAUGCCCUGAACCAGUACUACGUCUACCUCAGCAAGCAGCAGUACGUCGAUCUGGGUCUCGGCUCUCACAGGGUCAAGUGUCGUGUCCAUACCAACUUCAGACUGGUGGUAGUGGAGGACCAGAAGAAAGUCUAUGAGCACUUUCCUAUGCCCCUCAUCAACAGGCUGGAGAAACACAGGGUGGAUAGAAGCACUGACCUGGAACCCUGGCAGCACAGAGUUCUCCACAAACUCAAGAAGUGGGUGGAGGAAUUCUCAGGUGAGGCCAUGGCAGAUUUCAAGCAGUGGGACAUUUUUGUCGGCUACCAUGGCGACGCCUGUGCCAGCGCUCUCUUGCAAGCACUCGAGAGGAGAGCACAACAAGUGGAAGACGGUGCAGUGAGACAACAUCAACGGAAUGAAGAAGAUGACUCGAUGAAAGAUGAACCAAAAGAAAUCGUUGAGGCAGAUUCCAACCUGCAGGAAGUGGUAGCUGAUGAAGAGGAUGAUCAGCCGGGCGAUGCGAUGGACACAGAGGGACCUGGAAAAGAACAAGGAGUCGAGUCAAUGGAUGUAGAUGAUGACGAGAACAAACUGCCGUCUGAAAGCAAAGAGUUGAUGGAGACGGAAGCUGCUGCUGGGGAAAACGAGGAAGAGGAGAUCCUUGAUAUAGCAAAAUGUCUCCUGCUGAACUGUGCCACACCUGAUGCUGUUGUGAGGCUCAAGUAUUCCGAUUUAGCGAACCAAGAGAAGGAGAAACUCCAGAGAAUGUACUUCCAGCAACAGCAUCACCAUUCCCUCCGAAAUUUCCUGGAAGAUUGCCUGAUCCAGCAUCAGGGGUCCACCACGUUUCUGGAGGUAACGACAUUCUCUGGCUUGCUAACCAGAUCAGACGUCAGGGUUGUUGCCCCUGCUUUAGGACUGCAGAGUGAGAGGACCCUGCUACUCUCGCUCCACCAAUUUGACACUGAGGUUUCUUUCUGCAACAAGAUAAGGGGCUUCCUUCAAGAUGCCAGCCCCUCUCUCCACAUCCUGUUCAUCCAGAUGGACCUGGAGGAAUCCCACUGCAGGGAUGAGCUCAUAGCAUCAGCAAAAUAUUGCACCAUGAACUACUUGAUGUCACUGGAGGGUCCGACCUGUUGGGUGAUUUUCAUUGUGAAGGUUUCUAGGAUCCCGAGUAAAUCUCAGUACAUUGGUUUCCAAGGAGGAGUGUGGCACUCGGUGCACAUUGAUGACCUGAGGGAUUCAGACGACAUGAGCUUGAACCUCUCGGUCUUCUGUGGAACUCUGAUUAGCAACCUACUCCACCCUCCCCCGUCAGAACACCUUGACGAUGGACAAACAGCGAGGACAAGAAGAGAGUCUCAGGGAGAUAGAGCCCACCUCCACAGCCUCGGCUUGGUGAAGUCAUGCAUCCAAAAAGCUGUGGGUUUGCUGAGGGAACCUGAAGGCGUGACAUCGAGGAGCAUGCAGCGGAUUCACAUCCUUCUGACUCUUCUGGGAGCUGGUCAAAGGCAAAUUAAAACUCGCUUUCAGGAGGCGCUGUUGAGCAGAAUGGCCGAAGCUUUGGCACAGAGGGAAGAAUUGAUGGGCUCCCCGAAGGAGUGGGUGAACAGUGAAGCCAAGAAGCGCCAGGCUCUGCAGGAGGGGGGAACCCUGAGACACACCCUGUGGCGCCGUCUUCAGGCCACCGUGACCCCGAUCUUGGCCAACAUGUUGGAGGUCAUGGACCGGUAUGGGAAUCUGGACCUGCUGUCUGAUGACAGACUCAGCCGCGGCCUGAGAGACCUGUGGUUGGACAUCCUGGCAGAUUCACAGAUUUUAAUCCUAACAUCUCUUCAAAACUCAAGUGAGUCGGACCAGGAGGUGCCUGUGUAUCACUUCCUCCUGUUGGAUGGUGCAGAACAAUCCUGCACGGCUCCGUUCAGCUGGCUCGUCAGAACCCACCUGGAAAGCUUGUGGGAAGAAUCAGAAUUCAUGCCAGUAACGGCCGAGGACGGCACAGGGAGGAUCCUCCAGUUUGUGAGCACCUUCUCCAGCAGCCGCCUGGGAAGUCACUUCCAGAAGCUCUCGGCCGAGGAGCAACAGGAGUACGGACGCCUCUACCUGCAGGACUUCCUGCUGCUCUCCCUGAAGAUCAAGUCACAUGACGAGCUGAGGGUGUUCUCCAGGGCCGUGCUGGGCUGCGUGUCGGAGCUCCAGGCCUCCGUGGGCGCCGCUGCCGAGCUCUCGCCGGCUUGGAUAACGGCCGCUGCCAAGCGGUUCGCCCCCCGACUGGAUUCUCUGUGCCACAUGUUCCUGCUGCAGCCCCGGCUAGCCGCCGCCGCCGCCCAGCAGGCGCCGGGGGGGGAGCCCCGAGAAAUGGUGGAGGACAUGGGAGCGCUCGGCGUCUGCGUCGAAGAGACCAAACUGCUGAGCGUCACGUCGCUGCCGCAGUGCGAGUUCUUUGUGAGCCGCGUGGCGUCCCUGCAGCCGUGUCUGGACCGCGUGUUCGCUCAGAGAUACAGAACCCUCUGCAGCGCCGGCAGCCUGCAGCGUCUGGACUCCAUCCGGUCUCUGUGGCACGGGAUGCUGGUUGUUGCAUCUUUCAUCCAGCACGUCGUUUUCAGAGUGACACAGAAUGACUCGAGGCUGAGAGACGUGGCUCUGAAGCACUGCAACCUCCACCUCAACCUGAUGCAGGCGUCCCCUGACGUGAGGAGCUUGGACACACUGCGGCAGCUGAUCCGGGUCCUCAAUCUGUUUCACGACGAGUGUAUCGGCACAGAGCUCAGGUCGGGCACCUCCUGCCCGGUGUGCCUGUCGGAGCUCCAGCAGCCGGCCGUCCUGCCCUGCCAGCACGUCUUCUGCCUGCCGUGUCUCCAGAGCUGCAUUCAAAAGCAGAGACGUUGUCCUAACUGCCGGAUGGACCUUCCACCCGACUUCAGGCCCACUGUUUCUCCCCUCAUCAAGGCGGCGCUUCAGAAGCAGGCGGCCGUCAGGGACUGCUGUAACGUCUUCUUCCUGGAGGUGGUGUCCAGGUUCUGUCUCUCCGAGGGACAGAGGCCCGGAGACGGAGUGGUGGAGCUGCUCUUCUCCCUGCUGGUCUCCGCUAACGGAGACGUGUACAGGACCAGAGAGCUCUCGCCCUUCCUGGAGUGUGUGGACAACAGUCCAGUGGUGCGCUCAGUGCUGCCCAAACUGCUGCUGCAGCACAGUUUUGAGCAGGUGAAGACUCACAUUCAGACGUACUUGGAGAACCUGGCGGAGAAUCUUCUGACCAGAGACGACCGCACGGAGCUCUACCUGCUGUUUGUCAACUGCUUCCAGGACUCCCUGCUGUGCUCGGAGGCGAAAGGAGCCGAGCUGAACACAGAGCUGCAGAGAGGAUCGGAAAUGGCGUUCCUCAGCAGCGUCGCCGCCGGGCAGACUGCGCGCCGACAUCAGGACCCGGCGCAGUUCCUGCUCAACAUCGCCAGACUCCGAGUGUGCCUGAGCGCCGCCGCCCGCCUGCUGCAGGAGGCCACCGCUCAAGGCAGACCACGGGGCGACGAGGCCCGAUACCUGCAGCAGGUGAAGGCGGUGUGUGAGAGCGGCGCCGACGACUGGCACAGGGUCUACCUGGUGAGAGCCCUCCACAGGCUCUCAGGUGUGGAAUGCAUCCUGUCCCUGAUGAACCAACCGGCCUGGAGAUGGGUGUUCCCCCCCAGCCUGCUCCGACUACAGAGGAUAAUCCCGACCAACAUUGACCAGUUCCUCUGCUGCGGCGCGGCGUACCGAGCCCUGAGGGACGCCGUGGGCCACGUUCUGCUGGAGAAGCGAUCGGACGCCUUCGCGGCACAAAUACAGAAGCUGAGGGGUUCUCACAGCAGCCUGCUGCCUCUGGCUUUGUUCAGGCAGGUCACCUGCCGCUACAAAUCACAUGACCGCAGCAUGCUGCCCGCCCCUCAGGACCUGGCCGGGCUGGAGGAGCUCCUGAAGAGCGUCAAGCCGCCGGAGCUCAGGGACUUCUGCACCGCGCUUCUGUCCAAUAAGAUCGGCGGGCCGAGCUCGGGUCUCCAGCUCCAUGCUCAUGUUUGUCCUCAGAGACAAACCCUCCUGGAGCUGCUGGUCCAUCUGGACUCUGUGGUGCUCAGUGGAAACCCUCUGCUGGUUCCCCUGCAUCACAUCGCCUCCCAGCCUCAGAAUGUGAAGAAUUAUUUUCUGCCCACGAUGCCAGAUGAUCACAUGAGCGAAGUCAAACAGUGGUUGUUUAAAGACACAAGAGCGCAGGUGUACGCCUGCGCUAAUGGACACCCGUGCGUUGUGACAGAGUGCGGCAGACCGGUGGUUAGAGGAAAUUGUCCCGAGUGUGGCGCCCCGAUUGGUGGCGAGAAUCACAACCCGGUACCCGGAUUCACUGCAGUUCAAAGCGAUCGGGAUCAAACUCGGACGGGACACAUCUUGGGAGACGCCGAGCGGAGGUCUGAAGCCCCCGAGAGACAGAUGACGUUCGCCAAGUCCUGCAUCCUGCGGCUCCUCACGCACCUCGCCAUGCUUCAAGGCGCCGUGAGGAAUGACAGAGGAGUCGGGGACAUGAUCCACCCGAGGCCCCAGGAUGUUCUCAACUUCCUGUGGAGACACCUCGAGAAGGACCUCUGCGUGCUGGGCAAGGCGCUGGACCAGAACAUGGACAACACAGCUGUGACGGUUCAUUUGAUUCUCAACACAUGCGCAGAACAUCCAGGUUCCCGCGGAGCGAGUCGGGAUCUGUCCUCCAAACAAGGGCGGCAGCUCUGGGAGAAGCUCGUCUGUGACUCCGUCAUCAACCCAGUACUUCAUCGGUUGCAGAUGAAUCUGGCUGAAGCUCAGGACAGAAUCGGUGGUGACGACGGACUUACUGGAAGUCCCCUGAUGACUCUCCUCUCCGGGGAUCCGGGGACCAUGUUGUCCCUCCCCUCCGACUGCCCGACCCAGCGCUCCUCCUUCUGGACUCUGCCGGAGUCCAUGACAGUGGAGCGCUUCACUCAGCUGGUGGGCGAAGCUCAGGGGAGCAGCCCCUUAGCGCUGCUGGGCCUGUUCCUCCAGAAGGUUCCCUGCGUGAGGCAUCUCCACCACUUACCUGAGCUGGCCGCGCUGCAGUCCGACCUGCUGAGGGCGGUUCCUCUGACCUCGCACCCCGCGGAGCAGACCGUGGCUCAGAUGCUACAGAAGAUCCCGGCAGGAUGCCAGAAGAAGAGGAUCCUGCAGAGGGUGGAGACCUUCAUGCAUGUGUGGAACUGCCUCAGAGUCGAGGUGGCAAACAGCUCAGCACACCCGGAGUUGGACGUGAACCUCACAGCCGAGAGCUCCGCAGAGUUUCUGACCCCGAGUCGCCGCGGACCCGGAUCGAGCCUCCGAGCCCUGGUGGACUUCCUGCUGGAGACUCACAACAGCCUGGUGAGAGCGAGCCGGCAGGAGGACGGUGAAUACAGUGUUCCUCUAGAGAACGUAUCAGAAACCCAGCUGACUCUGUGCAGCCCAGAAAGAGAGCUGCUGCCUCUGGUUCUAUCGCACUGUCACUACACCUUGAAGAAAGGUGGGGAGACGGACCGGAGCUACGACCUGCCGGGCAUCCAAACACAGCUGGCUCGCCGCUUCCUGGCCGGAAAACCACUCAUCCAGGCGGACACCUCCCGGUACCUGAACAGACACCUGCAGGACUUCUCUGUGGUUCUUAACGAGGUCCGGGGCAAGAUCCGUCAGGAGCCGCUGAAGGGCUCGGCGAGCGGCGCCGUGAGGACGGUGCUGCGCUCCUACGCCGACGUCUGCGACGCGGUGCACGUGGUGGAGAUCGGCCUGCGCCUCCUGGGCAAGAUGGGCGGGGAGCCGCGGGGUCAGCUGCUGUCCUACCUCGCCGACACGCUGCGGAUGGAACGGCAGAUCUCCAGCACCGUGACCAAGGGCCUGGGGGAGAGCAGACUGGAACACAGCGUCUUCACCUGGCAGCUCCUCACUUCUUGGAAAUCUGAGCUCAUGCUGAACAGAAAUCAGGACCCGUUUGGGACGCUCCCCCCCGACUUCCAGCAGAAGCUGUCUGACGAAGAGCGGAAAGAGCUGAAGGUCUUCCUCGCCGACGUGGACGUCUGCGCCUUCUCUCGGGAGCUGCAUGAAAUUCUGCUGCUGAAGACGAGCAGCGGCAGGACCGACCAGGGUUACCAGCCACACUGGGACAUCAGGUCCACCUUAGAGGUCCAUUUGGAGCAGAAGAAGCCUCCGGUGCUGCUGGGGCUCGAGGCUUUUCCAGAGACAAUCACACUGGGACAAGCAGCCGACGUGUGGAGGGCUGCUGUGGAGUUUAAAAGAAGAUAAAUCCUUUCUGCAGACUCAUUUAAAAAUGUAUUUUUGUUAUUGUUGUCAGGGAUAUCAGAAUAAUGUAAUGCAUUCCAUAUGAGUGUGUGUGAGUAUUGUCUAAAGUCUAAAGUGGCUAAUACAAAUGAAUGCCAUUUGAAGCAGGCCUGUUUUCAUUCCUGAUGUAACGUGUUGAAUCUGCACAUGAGUAAUCUGGAAACAAUUAAUAAAACCACUAUAAAUAAACUCUCUAAUGUGAUUUGGCGCUCACGC